AUGGCUUCUUCUGGUCACUACUACCCUGCUCUCUUUGGUGCACUCUGCUGUCCUCUAUGCAAGACAGAAGGCAGGACCUAUAGGCAACUUUCAUCCCUCAAUGACCACCUUGAAGAGGGGCAUGGUGUUCUAGAGUGGGGAUAUCGGUGCCUUGAGCCAGAUUGCACUUUCACUGCACCUCGCAAAAAGGCAAUGAUUGAACAUUGGCCCCGUGUACACAGAAUUCCUGGUGUGUACCUCAGACCAGAGCGCAAUAUCCGCAUAAUCCAACUCCCGUGUCCAACAGCUUGUGAAAUAUGUUCUCAGCCCACAGUCACCUGGAAUGACUUCUAUCAGCAUGCGAAGAACCACUGCAUAGGAAACAAUCUUUCAGAGGAAGUACCCGGGGUGGAUGAUGGAUACUCUUCUGCCCAAUUGGGGCGGAGGGACAAGCGCGCGGAUGAGGAUAAAUACACAACCUGUGAAGUGAAACCUCCCAUGGUGCACCCAGGAAAUGCUAUAUUGUCACAUGGUGUUGAUAAGAAGCCGGACCACUCCUCAGCUCCCGGUGGAACAGAACCACAAGACACCAUCGUGCACGAACCAAGACAAUUUUCGCUUUCUCGUGGCUCUGGUUCCUCGGCUACACAUUCAGUUGCAACAAAUAUCACAACUCCGGAGUCUGAAGAGGACUCGAUAGAUGCAGGUAUACUCGACACGAAGAAUAUGGACCACAUCUUGGACGCAGGUCGUUAUUUCAGUGACUUGGACCAGCUCGAGCUGCAAACCGCACAGAUACUCGGCAUGCUAAAUGGCACCGGCAUUAAGCUUGAGUCGCUGGAUGACUGUAUCGAGUGCCUUGGGAAUUGGCAAGCUGCGCUUGAAUAUCUGCAGUCUCAAGGAUUUUGUGAAAACACCGUCAGCAUUUUGAUCGAAGAUCAAGACCGGGAUGGCGUUGCCAGUGUUUUCCAUAUAUCACUGAGCCAAGUUGGUGCUUUGCUCCAGACCAUUCUGAGCACAUUAGAAGAGGAUGCAUUAAAAAGGUUGGCAAUGACCUGGAUGCAGACUAUGCUCAAUCUUGACAACAAGGCUCUCUCUGACUGUGAUUCCGUGGAAAUUCUUCGGUACCUGUGUAGAAUCCUGUUUAUUGGGAUUGUUGCAUUCUCCGGUUCACAUGUGUGUCGCUUCGAUAUUAAUCUCUGGGAUCAAGAGAUGGAAGAGAUUCCUGUCGGUUUUGAUGGAUAUGCCUUCAAGCCAAGGAAGCUGGCUUGCUUGGAUGACUUCAUAGGUGGUCCUGCAUGGAUUCUAGGGAAAGUCUCUGCUCCUCCUGAGGGGAUGAAGAUUUCUCUCACUGUACAGGAUGUCCAGGAAUUGUGGGGGCCAGUGUCGCUGGUCGAAGGUACUGCAGAGGAAGCGCCAAUCAUCCAAACAGAGAGAGGCUUUAUUGUCCCCUUCCAAUACAGCAACAGUCUUCCAUACAUCUCCGAUGAGAGUUUGCAUAUGAAGAUUCUCAUUAGCAGCAGAUCGAGGAUAUUAAUCGGUACGAGCACUGACGUCAAGCCUGGGCUUGUUGUCAAUGACAAGUGCAGAUCGUCAAUCUCCAGUAUUGGGCAACAAAUCGCUUGUCGACUCCAAUACCCUGGAACAAGCAAAUCAAGAUAUGUGAGUGAUGGAUAUGAUGUUCAGCUUGUCGGCGGACAAUAUGUCACAGCCGGACUCGUGAAGAAGUACAAGCGGAUCCCGAAGCGCACCCUGAAGGCAAUGCUCAUAGCAGACUGCACAAAGCCAGACACAAGACUCGUGCCGCUUCUAAAGCUCCGUGUCGGAUUGGAAGUGAGUGCGUGUACCGGAAACGCCCAGCGAGUGACGCUCUGGGACGCUCUUCGCUUUUCUCAAACAAGCACCCAAGACACAGACCACCCGACCUAUUGCGCUCACAACAUCGGCGACAAGAAUUGUAUCAGUUCAUGCUGGACUCGAUGGAGCUCAGUGGACGACAUAGACUCCCUUGACCACAUACCCGCGCAAAACAAGCUUCUCUCCGGCCUCGAAGCCCGUCGUGUGAUUGUAAACUCAAUUCUGGCGCUCGAGCACUCGGGUAUCGACGGCGAAGGAAACCUCCAAGUAUCAUGGCCCUUUAGCAAUAGCCCAGCCAAUUGUCCCGUAUUACCAUCCACACCGAAAGAGUCCCAUAACUGGUUCCGCGUCGUCAAGGAUACGCGGGACACGUCGAGCUUUGCCGUCUUCAGUCAAAGGUGUCUGGAGUUGCCGGAGAAGGGAAUGAUGCGGUCAUGCUCUGUGCUAUGCAAGGAAAGACAUUCCAAGCCGCUGCAAACUACGCUUUCGACGCGUAUUCUGACACCUACCGAAGAAGGUUCAGUGGCUGGACUACUGGUGGGGGUCAAGUUUCUAGUCGGGGAGGCACAUCUGACAGUCACGAAGGCAGUGCAGGACAAGUUGGCAAUAAUCGCUGCUGUUAGCAUGAAUCCUCUCAAUCCUCUGCGGCAUCGAUUCCGCGAGAUUCUACAAGAUGCCGGACCCUCUGUCUACAAAGAACAUAUCUGGCCUGAUAACACAGCGGGCCUAUCAGUUCCGGUGUUCGUUUACUGA